AUGGCAACAUCGACCGAUGUAGACGACGACCCUGUCAGCCCGGAAGAUGAGCUCGUCUUCACAGGCUUGGGGGGUUGCCAGGAAGUCGGUAGAUCAUGCCAUGUGAUACAGUACAAAGGGAAGACGGUGAUGCUCGAUGUAGGCAUGCAUACCGGCAGAGAAGGCAUGUCGGCCAUGCCCUUCCUCGACGAAUUCGACCUCAGCACCGUCGACAUUCUGCUCAUCAGCCAUUUCCACUUAGAUCAUGCAGCAGCCCUCCCGUACGUGCUAGCGAAGACGAACUUUCGCGGCCGAGUGUUCAUGACACAUCCCACAAAAGCCAUCUACAAGUGGCUCAUACAAGAUUCAGUCCGAGUCGGCAACACAUCCUCUACAUCCGAUCAGCGGACAUCCCUAUACACAGAAGCAGACCACGUCGCAACACUGCCGCGAAUAGAGACCAUCGACUUCUACACGACGCACACAGUCUCAGGAGUGCAAAUAACGCCCUACCCAGCCGGUCAUGUUUUGGGUGCUGCGAUGUUCCUGAUCAACAUCGCCGGACUCAACGUUUUCUUCACGGGUGACUAUUCACGGGAGCAAGAUCGACAUCUGGUCGCAGCACAAGUACCCGAUGUCUCCAGAACAGGCAAAAUCGAUGUUCUCAUCACGGAGUCAACCUUCGGCAUCUCCAACGCCCCACCACGAGCUGAGCGAGAGGCUGGACUGCUAAAAGCGGUUACCAACGUCGUGAACCGAGGCGGCAGAGUUCUCAUGCCCGUAUUCGCCUUGGGCAGAGCUCAGGAGCUGCUUUUGAUCCUUGAAGACUACUGGCAACGACAUCCAGAUCUACAGAAGAUCCCUAUCUACUAUACAGGCAACACUGCCCGGAAAUGCAUGGUCGUCUACCAAACAUACAUCAACGCAAUGAAUGACAACAUCAAGCGAAUCUUCAGAGAGAGGAUGGCCGAAGCCGAAGCAAGUGGCAACGCCAAGGGCGUGAGUGCCGGUCCGUGGGACUUCCGCUUCGUACGAAGUCUGCGCAACCUCGACAAAUUUGACGAUAUCGGACCCUGCGUCAUGUUGGCGUCGCCGGGUAUGCUUCAAUCUAGCAUGUCCAGGAUUUUGCUGGAAAGGUGGGCGCCCGAUCAGAAGAAUGGCGUGGUCAUGACCGGAUACAACGUUGAAGGCACCAUGGCAAGGACGAUCCUUACCGAGCCCGACCAGAUCCCCGCCAUUAUGAGCGGCAGCAAUCCUGGAGCACAGGCCAUGGGCCGCAAGGUCCGCGAUGACGGUGCAGCAGUCAUGAUCCCACGUCGUUGCACAGUCGAGGAGUUCCAAUUCGCAGCACAUGUGACUGGUGUGGAGAAUGUCGAAUUCAUCGAGCAAGUCGCAGCUCCGCAUGUCAUCCUCGUGCACGGUGAGAAGUCACAAGCUGCAAGGCUGAGAUCACGAUUACUCGACCUCAACACGAGACGAACUACUAGCGAUCCCAAUGCGCAGCAAACGAAAGUGUACAGCCCCGAGAACGGUGCCGAGAUCCACAUUCCAUUCCGGAAGGACAAGAUGGCCAAGGUUGUAGGCAAAUUGGCACAAUUGCCUCCUCCAAAGACUACAGAUCCAGAAGACAGCCGCAUGCUGAACGGAGUGCUCGUCCAGAAUGGUUUCAAGCUGAGCCUCAUGGCGCCCGAGGACCUCCGCGAGUAUGCAGGCCUGACCACAACCACCAUUCUCUGCCGACAACACAUCACGCUCGCUGCCGCGAGCAUCGACCUGAUCAAAUGGGCAUUAGAAGGCACAUUCGGCAGCAUCGAGGAGAUAGGAGGACCAGUCAAGGACGAAAUCCUCACAAACGGCGGCAUGAAAGCCGAAUCCAACGGCAUCAAGGACGAAGCAGACGAAGAAAUUCCACUCGAACAGCCCCGCCUCUUCGUCGUCAUGGGCUGCAUCACACUGAAGUGGUCAGGUCGCGAGAAGCAGGUAGAGCUGGAAUGGGAGGGCAAUACCGCGAACGACGGCAUUGCAGAUGCAGUAAUGGCGGUUCUGAUGACCGUGGAGAGCAGUCCGGCGUCGGUGAAGCAUUCGAGUCGACAGCAUAGCCAUGAUCACCACCACAAGCACACGAAUGGAGACACGAAGCAGCGGAACAUACACGCCUAUCUGUCGCCUAAAGAGCGAUUCAGUCGGUUGUGCAUGUUUCUGGAGGAGCAAUUUGGGGAGAAUAUCACACCGAUCGAGACGGCUCCGCCGCGGCAGGAUGACAUGAUGGUGGAUAAGGGGGAUCCAGGCGUUGAAGAUGGUGAUAGAGAUGCCAGCGAGCGUGCACGUCUAGCCGCCAUGGGUAUCCCAGUGCCUGGCUUGGAAAUCAAAAUCGACAAGUUCGUCGCAAAGCUGUGGCUGGAGAAUCUGGAGGUGGAGUGUGCACAGAAGGUGCUCAAAGAUCGCAUACAGGCUGUUGUUGAGCGAGCCGUGGAGACGGUUGCGCCGUUGUGGUCGGUUGCUGGAGCUCAUAGCUAG